AUGACCGACGGGGUUUUGAGUGAAAGCAGAACAAGCCUCGACCCACCAGUCUCCGACAGGGAGUUGGCUUUCCCGUUUACCUUCAUCCCAUUUUCGAUAUCUUCCCCCCACCCCCCUCUCUCCUUUCGUGCCUGUUAUAUUACGCAAGCAAACAAAACGGGCGAGAUGGGUCACUUCUCUCCGAGCGAAUGUGCGAAACACAAAACAGAGAUAUUACGUCCCCUUCUGUCUUUCUACGUCGCCCCCCCCUCCCCCAGCCUCACUUAUUCUCUGGACAGCGUCUUAUUCUUAUUUUGCUUAUCAAUAUUUUUUUUUUUAUUCUUUUUUUUUAUUCAAUAUUUUCAUUCUUUUUCUUUUCUUUUUUUCCUUCGUUUCUUUUUUGUUUUUGUUUUGUAUUUUUUUUUUUUUGUUAUUUUUUUGGCGUCUUUGUUUCUUGUUAAUUUCUGUCUUCAUUUCGGAUUGACAAUGUUGUCAUUCUUGCUUCAUUUCUUUUUUAUUUUCUUUUUUUCUUUUUCUUUUUAUUAUUCUUUACUUCUUUAUUUCGUUUUUCCUUUUCUUCCAUUAUCUAAUUUCGUUUUAAACUCUUUUUACUUCCCUUCUUCGUUUUUCGUUUCUUUUCUAUUUUGUUUUUACCUUUCUUUUCAUUCCUAA